CUGCCAAACCCGUCAAAAUGCCCCUCAAACUCCACAAACGCAAAUUCCUCUUCGAACUACUCCUCGUCGCAAGCAUCUCCCUCCUGUGCUUCACCCCCUUGUUCUUCUACAAGCGAAGAACCACCACCCUGUCUUUGACACACAUCGAAGCCAUCCAAGCCUCGAGUAAGACCAGUGUUAGCGCCUCCCCGAAUACCCCGACAAUUUUAGUCCCAACCCUCGUCUCGACCAACAAGUGUCUAAUCCCGGAUUUGUCCCAACUGUACUUCCAGGAAUACACCCUGUGGUUCCCCGACACCUACAAGCCCUGCACCCGGCGGAACGUCCUCACCUACAUGACGGGGGCCACCCUCCACAUCAAGCAACGAAAUGGGUUUUACCCAAACGUGAGCUGUUGCUACUCAAACAUCACGAGAAACACCGACGAUGACAUCGAUGUUUCAGGAUGUGCGAAAUUCAGGAAAAAUGUGACUUUGGAGGGGGAUUUUGUGAGGGUUGAGUGUGACACAACACCGGAGCCGUACCAACAAGUCCACGCCGUAAUAAAAAAACCGGAAAAAAAGUGGGAAAAAUGGCCAAAACCCUUCAGUGUCUUAAUACUCGGAAUUGACAAGAUUUCCCGCCUAAGUUUCGUACGAAAUUUCCCCAAAACCCACCAUUUUAUGACCUCGAACAACCAUUGGUUGCCCUUGAACGGCUACACGAAGAUUAGUGAUGAGACAGCCCCCAAUAUUUUGGCCCUUUUGACCGGUUUAAAGUCCUGUGAAAAGUGCAAUUUCAUUUGGUCUGAUUUCGAAAAGUGUAAUUAUACCACAGUUUUUGCCGAGGAUGACAUUUGGACAAAUAGUUUUACUUUUGGGGAACCCCCGACAAACUAUUAUUUCCGCCCCUAUUUCAUGGCAAGUGAGAGAUUCCCCACGGUGGAAAUCAACAAGUUUGCCCCCUGUCCCGACCCGGAAGCCCCCUUCGAACGCCUCGUGAAUCUCGUGAAAGACUUCACGGUCAUGUUCAAAAACGAGCCCAGUUUUGGGUUCUUCUGGAUCAAAAGUGCGACUCCGGGGACCCUCCCCAAGCUGGAUUACACCCUCCGGGGGCUUUUCCGGUUCAUGAACCGGAAAGGAGUGUUCAAGGACACGUUUGUGUUCUUCUUGAGUGAUCAAGGAAAGCGCGAGAGGAAAAUCGAGUUUACGAAUUUGGCGUGGUUGGAGGAAAAACUCCCUUUUAGCUAUCUUGCAGUCCCGUUGGAAUUCAAGGAGGUUUUUCCCGAAGAAUAUGACUCUUUGAAAUUGCAACAAGACUCCUUGACCACCCCCUUUGACCUUUACAUGACCUUGCAGGAGAUUCUAUUGUUGGCGCAGUUGAAAAACGAGUCGAAACCGAGUGGGGGUUGCCCCAAAUGCGAGUCGCUGUUCAUGGAUGUGAAGGAGAGAUCGUGUCAGGAUUCGGGGGUUGAGGAGGGGUUUUGCCCCUGUGGGGGCUACUUGAUGACAGAUCGUGACGAUUUAAUUGUGAAAAAUGCGUCUAAUUUCAUCGUGAGUAGAAUAAAUGUGAUCAUAGAUCGGAAAAAGUGUCGCAGUUUCGAAUUGAGGAAGGUUUUAAGUGCGAGUCUUUCGAGGAGUUCCGGGCACCGGAAAUUUCUAAUUAGUGUUGAAACGUAUCCGUUUUCGGUUUUUGAAAGUUUUGUUUCGUAUUUUAAUGGAAGUUUUGCCGUCGAUGGGGCGAUUAGAAGGUUGGACUUUGCGAUUGUUAGGUGUGUUAGUGAUUCGUUUAUGAAAAAGUUUUGCUUCUGUAGGGAGGAAUAAAGCGGUAAAAAUGGGUUUGUUUAUUUAGUGGCACAAAUACGGAUAGUUUUUCGUGAAAAAAAAUUAUGUCGCUGUGCCACCACGCCUCCGAGUAGUGUCUCUGCGAGUACACUUUUUUGCGUUUCUACAUUUAUUUUGCACUUUUCUGGGUUUCAUGGUCCCCUAGAAGUGCAUGUGGAUCAAUUUUGAAGUUAUUAAUUUUUUCGAUUUUUGUCGAAAUUUUGAUCGAUUUUUUGAUAAAAAAAAACUAGAGUU